AAUUAAUUUUAGUAAACAGUUUUACAAGGAUGCAGAUAAGGCAUUUGUAAUGCAAAAAUUACAAAACCUUAGAACAGCUUUUCGGAAAGAGUUAAGGAGAGUAGAAGAGUCUAAAAGAAGCGGAGCUGGAUAUGACGAUAUUUAUGUACCCAAGUUGUGGUACUAUGAUUUACUUCUUUUCACCUGCGAUGACGUACUACCCCGCGCAAGCUUAGAAAGCAGAAAAAGGCCUUUUCCAAAUAUCAGUACUCUUGAUACGGACGUUGAAAGUGAAAACGAAGUUAAUGAAAUUGAGGAGGAAGAUAGGGAAGACAAUUUUGCAAAUAAUGUAACUCAAAAUAAUGAUCAUGAAAGUCAAAAUACAGAUUUUAGUGAGAGAUCAAGUUCUCAAGUGUCUUUGGCAGAAACAUCUAAGUCCACAAAAUUAAAACAAUAA